AUGCGCGGAGGAUCGGCGCGGGAUUCGAGGGCCUUACGAGCACAGACGAAGAUCGUCACUGUGUGCUUGAGCAGAUCAACAUUCUGUUUUUUGUUGGAACUGUUAACUCCGCAAUUGUCAAAGUCUGGGAGUCUUGGUCGAAAGACUAUUAAUCCAAAAAAAAUAUUAUUACUGGCUAUAUGGAUGAUGGCAACUCCAAAUUCAUACAGGUGUGUUGCAGAUCAUUUUGACGUUGGUAAGGCAACCGCUUGGAGAUGUGUUCAUAAGGUUGUAAAAGCAUUGUAUUUACAUCUCAACACAUUUAUCACAUGGCCCAGUAGAGAAAGAGCUGAACAAAUCUGGACACAUGUUAAAAAUAAAUAUAAAUUUCCGAAAGUUAUAGGAGCGAUAGAUGGUACACAUAUAAAAAUUACUGCACCGAAAAAGCAUCCAGAAGCCUACAUAAAUCGAAAGGGCUACCAUUCAAUGCAAUUACAGGUUUUUUAA